AUGAAGGUAUUGGAAUUUUCCACGGAAGAGUCCAGAUAUGGUGGAGAGUAUAAUGAGGAUUUGAGCCGCGGUCCUGCGCGACUGGAAAAUGUAUUGAAACAUAGUCUCAGGCUGUACAAAUACGUUGAGGAACAGAAAGCAGUGGACAAAGAAGAGUAUCAGCGCAAAUUGAAGAUCACAAUGGCAAAUCUCUGUGACAAGAGCGCGCAUGUAAGUACAAGACAAAAUCAAGAAUAUGCUGCCCAAGUGACAAACGCAUUUGGAAUGAAUCACAGAAGAUCGGCACGAGAGAAACAGCAAGGGGUAGAUAUAACUCCGCACGUGGCUGGAAGAAUUGUCUUCGCAAAGUGUCUGAAAGGCGAGAAUAUGAACGCAAUGGUCCUUGAGGCUGUUGCUCGAGAACUUCUCAGUGAAACUGACAAGGCUGCUUACGAUGAAGGUAAACCUAUUUCUAUCAACUACAGCACGCUCAGAAAUUUGAUUGCCGAUGAUGUAGUCAGCAGAUGGAAGAAGGAGCACAUAGACGAACCACUCAGUGAAGAAAGAGAAAAAGUUGUUCGAAAAACAUUUCAGCCAAUAUCUGAAGCAACAUUUGUUCAGAAGAAACGAGGAUAA